CUUAUCUGAAACGUGACACCACACUCUGAAAAAUUCCUCCGCCUUACAAAACUUGCGAUUAACAUCGUCUCUACUGAGUGACGAUUAACCACCGACCAAUCAGCCAUGAAUAUUGCUCAGAUUCUCUUCUUUUUCACGUCCCUUCUGCUUCUGCUUCACGCAUCCACGGCGGAGCAUCAAAAUUUUUCAAACGCUGGUGGUGAUGGAGACACCAUCAUAUUCACCACUCUAGGACGAUCGCGUUACGAAUUCGACAUAUUCGCCCUCUCAACGGCUAAACCGCCGUCAGUUUCCGACGAGCUCCGGAUCACCGAUGGAGAAUCGGUAAACUUCAAUGGCUAUUUCCCUUCUCCUUCUCCGGCGCUCAUCUCUCUUCUACCCGAUGAAACCCAAAUUCAAUUAGAAGAUUCGUCUCCUCUGCAUCUCAUCUACGUCACCGAGAGAAACGGUACUUCUAGCUUAUACUACGAUCUGAUAUACGGAGGCGUCGAUUCUGAUUCCAAAAGGAGACGACGAUCGGUGUUAGAAGCACCGUCUCGAGUCCAAGUUCCUUUGUUAUCCGGCUUUGAUCAACGGAGUGGCAUGACGGUAAAUUCGUUUAAAGAUAAGCCUAGUUUGAGUGGUGAGUUUUUAGUCUACGUGUCAACUCACGAGAACUCUGGUGAGCCUAGGACUAGCUGGACCGCCGUUUACUCUACCGAGUUGAGAACCGGGUUAACCCGACGGUUGACGCCGAGUGGUGUAGCUGAUUUUAGCCCCGCGGUUUCGCCUUCCGGGAAUUUGACGGCGGUGGCUUCAUACGGAGAGAGAGGCUGGACAGGGGAAAUUGAAGAGCUAAGUACGGAUAUUUAUGUGUUCUUGACUCGGGAUGGGACUCACCGAGUUAAGGUGGUGGAGCACGGUGGUUGGCCUUGUUGGGUCGAUGACUCCACUUUGUAUUUCCAUAGAAGAAGCGAGGAGGAUGGUUGGAUCAGUGUGUACAGAGCCAUCUUACCUGAUAACGGGCCGUUGACUACAGAGUCAGUGACAAUUCAGCGAGUUACACCACUUGGAGUUCACGCUUUCACACCGGCGACGUCACCAAACAACCACAAGUUCAUAGCGGUGGCGACGAGGAGACCUGGCUCAGAUUACCGCCACGUGGAGUUUUUUGAUCUGAAGAGGAAUGAGUUUAUUGAGUUGACUCGUUUGGUGGCGCCGGAGAGUCAUCAUCUGAACCCGUUCUUGUCCCCUGAUGCGUCUCGAGUCGGAUACCAUAGUUGUAGAGGCGAGGCUAAUGGAAGGAGAAAUCCUCUGCUUUUCCUAGAGAAUAUUCAAACCACCACAAAGGAUCUUUCUCUCUUUAGAAUCGAUGGUUCAUUUCCUUCCUUCUCACCAAGGGGUGAUCGUAUAGCAUACGUCAGAAUGCCUGGUGUGUUUGUGGUGAAGCCCGAUGGUUCAGGGCAGCGUGAAGUGUACAAUGGAAUGGCGUUUUCGACAGCUUGGGAUCCGGUUCGACCAGGAAUUGUCUAUUCUAGCUCAGGUCCAACUUUUGCUACAGAGAGAACAGAGGUUGAUGUCAUCGCCAUUGACGUGGAUGCAUCUGACAAGUCAUCUUCCGUGAGGAGGCUAACGACUAACGGGAAAAACAAUGCUUUCCCAUGGCCAUCUCCGGAUGGUAAGCAGAUAGUGUUUCGUUCGGGCAGAACUGGUCACAAAAACCUUUACAUAAUGGAUGCUGAGAAAGGCGAAAGCGGUGGUCUAUGGAGGUUAACCGAAGGUGUGUGGACUGACACAAUGUGUAACUGGUCACCUGAUGGCGAAUGGAUCGCGUUUGCAUCUGAUCGAGAAAGCCCUGGCUCGGGUAGUUUCGAGCUGUUCUUGAUACAUCCAAACGGAACAGGGAUAAGGAAGCUUAUCCAAAGCGGGACGGGUGGGAGAACUAACCACCCGGUUUUUAGCCCGGACAGUAAAUCCUUAGUUUUUACAUCUGAUUAUGCUGGAAUCUCCGGAGAACCGAUCUCAAACCCGCAUUCGUACCAACCGUAUGGCGAUAUUUUCACGGUGAAACUGGAUGGCUCUAAUCUAAGGAGGCUGACACAUAACUCUUACGAAGAUGGGACACCGGCAUGGUCCCCUCGUUUCAUCAACCCCGAUGAUGUAGUGUUACGCAGGAGGAAUAUUUCGAGUUGUUCGUUCGAAGACUGUCACUGGCUCAACAAGUACCCUACACUAAAAGGCCGAAAAAUCUCUUGUUGAUAUGUAUAUAUAUAUAUAUAUAUAUAUAGUAGUAUAUGUUUGCAGAGAGUGUGGAGUAUCAUAGUAUCCUUUUUCAAAGUUUCAGCGAUGUAUCCCACAGCUUGUAAUAUGAGACUGUCAAUGUAUAUGAUGAAGACUGUCAAUGUAUAUGCACAAGAUAAGACAGUUCUAUUAA